AUGAGUACACAUACAGACAGUGCCACCGGAUUCGACGCCGGAAAUCCCGUAAAGCGCAGUUACCGUCAAAUCAAAACAACCGCUUGGAUCGUGGCGUGCUUGAAAAUGAGAACCUACAACAGGCGGUGUAUCAAUUUGGAUUAUGAUUGA